AUGCAUAGUAGUCGAUUAAUUCACAAAUCAAACACUGAUGACAUUAAUGUACUUUCACACUACAAUCUGUCUUUUCAAUGGAGAAUCAAUCAAAUCGAUCAUGAUGUAAUACCUAAAACAAUAAAAUUUUCGUGCAAUAAUAUAUCUGUUCCAAACGCGUCAGAUUCAGAUCUUGCUAGUGUAUUACACAAAAUAUAUUCCCCUAUCAGUAAAACAUCUGUUCAAAAAUACCCACUGAGAUAUAGCCUGGAAGAAAAUAGACUUGAGAAAUUAUAUGAUUCAUUGGGUGUGAAUAAGACAGUGAAGACGUUUCUCAAAUAUGGGCAUCGUACAAUUUUUAGACCAAUGGACUUUUCAAAAUGUCAUGCUUCGAAAUGUGCAGUUAUCACUGACAUGAACAGAUGGCGAGAAGCUGAUGCACUUAUAUUGACAGAAGAUAAAGUGCCAAAUGGAAUUCGACCUCCAGAGCAAUUAUGGUUUAGUUUAAUAGAAGAGUCGCCUGUACAUAUUGCUAUGGCAGGUACACUGGAAAAACUUCGCUACUGGGAAAUCAAAAAAGUUGCAUGGUUUGUGAGUAACUGUAUACCGAAAAGUCCAAGAAUGCAAUACGCCAAAGAACUUUCACGACAUAUCCCGCUUGAUAUUUAUGGUCAGUGUGGCACGUUAUCCUGUCCAAAGUAUAAUCCGACUUUUACCUCAUCAAUUAGUUGCUUGAAAAUGAUUCGCGAAAAUUACAAGUUUUAUUUGAGCUUCGAAAAUAGUUUGUGCAGUGAAUACAUAACAGAGAAGUUGUAUAAAAAUGCAUUGAAAAACGAUCUACUUCCAAUUGUGAUGGGUGCAUCGAUAGAGGAAUAUGAGAGAGUCGCUCCUCCAUACUCGUUCAUUCACGUUGAUCAAUUCGAAUCACCAGGUAAACUGGCAGAAUAUUUGAAGUAUUUGGACAAGAACGAUACUGCAUAUAAUGAAUAUUUUGCAUGGCACGGUCAUGGAAUCAUACAUGAUUACGAUGCCCAACCUCAAUGUGCAAUGUGUCUGCUAGCUCAUACAUCUCAUUCAUUUGGUCCAUAUUGGGUUUCGAGUGUAGCACGAUGGUGGAAUGAUGGAUGUAAUGGUCGGAAAUUGCGUUGGAAUCCAUGA